GUUAGAUUUGGUCAGUUGUGUUUUGUAUGCUUUUCAAUUCAAAGUGAGAAAUUGAAAGUAUUGCUUUUGCUAGAGUGUAAAUAAUUAAUUAAUUUGGAGUUGCUUUUCGAUUUUAUCUGAAUAAAUGGCAUUAUCACGAGAGUUAUUGUGCCGUUUACAAUCGGAGGAUGAACCUUUAGCAAAACGGCUAAAAUUAGCCGAGAAUGCAUUUUGCAGUAUUGAUUUCCCUAUCAUUAGAAAGGAGGAUGUUAUUUUACAAUGGCUUUGUAAAAUCUGCACUGUGCAUUCCGAUGCUUGGCAGAGUUUAAAGAACUGUCUGGAAAGAGGUAGAUUAAAUACAGGAGCUUCAUUGAAAUUUGAAGUGAAAGAAAUACUUUUAACAACUUUAAUUGAUCAAUUGAAUAAUACAGAAGAUAUAUCGAAUAGAAUAAUAGAAUGUGGUAUUUGGAUCUUGUCUGAUAUUGGAAUGCAGCAAUACUUUAAAAGCAAAUUAGCUCAAUUUGCUUUAUUAUGCAAAUCAAUCUUAAAUUGGAUAUGGAGAAUAAAUGGAAUUGAGGACUAUUCCAAGACAAAUGAUACAGUAAAUAACAAAGAUAUGCACUCACUGAAUUCUUUAAUACAUGAUUGCAUUAAAGCUGUUGUUGAUAGUAAUAUAAGAAUUUACAAACAGUUUUCCGACAAAGAUAUAUUUGCAAGCAUGUUCAUAAACGACAUCCUAUAUCCUCUGUGUUUGCUCAUAAAGGAUAAUUCAACAGAUAAUACUAACAGACCAGGAGCAGAAGCAUAUAAGUGCAUACAGCAAAUAUUAUUUGGAAAAGCUAGAUAUGAGCAAUACAAAAUUUAUAAUUCACAGGAUGAAUCAAAUUCAAUUCCAACUCAAUUAUUUACUACAUUAAUAGGACGCAUCGAAGUUGUUACAUUAGAAAAUAAUUUGGCAGUCUUUUCCUCUCUUCUGUGUGCUGUGUUAGGUUCAUACCGAUCCGAUGUUACAACUGUAGAUCUAAUUUUCCGAAAUCUCGUGAUGUCUUCUGGGAAACAUAAAAUUGCAAUUAUUAAUGUAUUCCUAGACUAUUUAUCAGAGGUGACGUUCGAUUUCAACAACAAAGUCAAAGACAUUACAUUGACUGAAUUUUUUCAACAAAUUGUUGAUGAAAUUAUUUCAUCCGAAGAAUUCAGACCGACUGAUUACAAAGUACUUAUCGGAAUUGCUCAUUUAAAUCCUGUCAUCGUCGAGAGCAAAAUACAGAUCAUUUUAAAAGCAGUAUUACUUAAGAAAAGAUCAACAGAAUUGGAAAAAAACUUAUAUACAAAAUUGAUGAUCAGUAUUCUGAUAUCAAGCAUCCGUUUACGACGGCAACAAAAAAUGUUGCCGUUGUGCUUAAUGGCUUUGAAACAAGUGAUGAUGGAACAAGAGCAUUCUAAUUUAGAAAUAUGGACUAUUUUUCCGAAACUGUUCAUUGAUAAAGUGACAAAUUCUGUUACAACUAUGACCAGUUCACAAAUUAUAUCUACAUUGAGAUCACUUAUAUUUCAUUUAAAUGAUUGCAUUCAAAUCAUGGAAACGGUUUGUUCCAGUACUCUUUCUAUAUUGAUAGAAGCUACAGCUAUAUUGUUUGUUGGAUUUAUAAAUGGUGUUCGUAUAUUUGAUUACACUACAUCUCUGGCUGUUCAACAAAAAUUUAUGGAAGCUCUAAAGGACGUCUCUGCAAGUUUAUCAAUUUUGACAGAAAAAAUUCUUAAUAUUAAAUUUGAUAAACGAAUCAUCCUAGCAUUAUUAUCCUCCACGUUGAUACUCAGCGAAGCAUUUUGUACUUUGGCCUAUUAUUCACCAAAAGCAGUACCCAGUCUUCCACCAUUUCCUAUUUCUUCGGACCAGUGGCAACAGUUAGUUCAAAGAACAGCAAAUUUUGGAGAAGACAGUUGCAAGAAAAGUAUGAAUAAACUUUUCUUAUACAGAAUAAAGACAGAACAGUUAAAAAAUCAAUCAACAGUCAAACUUCGUGGUUUGAUUGGUGGUCUUGAACAAUCAUGGUCACUUAUUCUCGAUGGUAAUUUAGAGAUCAUUAGGUUUUUAAGUGACAAACAAUUAAUAGAAUUGGCUUCACUGGUUCUAAAAAAUAUCUUAUCCAGCAAGGAUGAUCAACAGAAGUGGAUUAGCAUACUGACUGAAGAUGAUGUUCAGGAGAAUACGAAAUUUAUUUCAGCUGUAAUUUGUCAACUUUUUAUUCAAAUGGGGCAAAGAAUACCAUCAAGUACAACUAAAUCCAUUAUGGAAGAUAUUGGCUCUGCGAAGAUAUAUGGAACAGAUAUUACGGAAGAAACAAAGUACCUCGCUGUCCUCGAAUCUAUUUCAGAAAAACUGAAAUUAGAUACAUGGUCUUCCUUGAAUUCUGACAAUUUUUCUAUCAUUCAAGAAUACUUGACAAUUUUACUUCAGUUGCCAUUGCUCGAUCUGAAUUCUCAUUUUAAGAUCCUAACAUUCAUGGUAAUAUAUACCGUGAGAAAAGAAUGUGCGCAAAAUGAAAAAGUUAUCGACUUGUGCAGUCAAAUAUUUUUAGAUAUUUUGGAUGGUGGCAAUUUUAAUAUCUUUCAGUACCUCGAUGUUAAGUCUUUAAUCAAGGAAAUGCCACAUAACAAAAUUUUAUUAAAAGUAAUCGAACUUUUCUUACGUAAUAGUAAAUCUUACAGUGAUUUAAAACCUAUUAUUUCUGCUGCACGACGAAAUAAAGAAUUAGUAUCAAUAAUUUUGGAGUCCAUCGAUAAAGUAAAGUCGAAAUUGACUUCGACCCAAAAACCGGCUUUUAAAAAAGUUAACCAGAAACUUGGGCAAAUAAUGUUAGACACAUUGAGUACUAAAAUAAAUGUAACUGACGAUGUAAAGUGCUUGACAAUAGCAUUAAAAACAGCAAUUGCUAAUGAAAGUACUAGCGAAGAUUUAAAGAAUAUAGUGAAAUUGGCUCUUCAUUAUAUAUUCGAGUCUGGUAUUUCACAAACAAAUCAAAUAUCUGGUCACGCAGAAAACGGCCUACUACAAGAGGGUCUAAAAUUAGUUGCAGUGCUAUUAAGGCAUCGUGCAUUUUUGGAAAUUGAAGAAGAUAUUAUCAACCGUAUUUGGUCUGUUAUGGUUCACAAUCCUUUGCAAGAUUUAAUUGUUCCCUUGCUCGACAUAUCAAAACCAAAAGUUUUUCGGAACAUGAUCACCGGAAUGCACAACUUCACAGUUGAAGCUCUACGUGAAGGGAAUACCUCCUCAUUACAUAAUGCUAUGAUAAUGUGGAAUUGCAUUGUUAAAAUGGACAUGGGAACGAUAAGAAAUAAAACACGUUUGACGGCUGUACACAAUAUACUAGAAUCUAUACAGAUCAUUGAAAUUCCAAAAACAUGUUGGCCGGAAACAUUGAAAUUACUUCAAAGUAUCAUCAGCUCAAAACAUAUGCACAUUUCUGAUGAAAACAUGGACUUGAUUCUUCAUAUUGGAAUAAAUUCGUUGAAAACAGAACAAAUAAGUGCUUGCGCUGAUAUUUUAGUGUUGUGUUUAUCAAUACUGCGUUUAAGAAAAGGUUUAAUCACUGAUAAGCUACCAGUAUUGUUAAUAUUGUACAGGAAAGUUGUACGAUUAGUUGUAACGGAAUCAAGAAAACCCAUUGAUCCACUCUCAGAACAAAAACUACAGGGUCUUGCUCUUGAUAUAGAAAAAUGCACGAGUGCAUUGGUGAAAUUGAAAAAGGAUGUAACGCGAAUCGCACCUUAUAUUGUAGCUGAUUUAAUAGCAUUGUUUUCCCAAGGGGUUAUACCAUCGUAUGUGAAAAUUCCCUUGGAGAACGCAGUCGGAUAUUUAUUUAGUAUUUGUGACGAACAUGCUGUAACAUUGUUGUCACGUGCGUUACCACCGGCUAUGCAAGAAAUCUUUAAAACAUCCUAUGACACGUACAAAAAAUUGUACAAAUUCACUGGAAAAAUAUGAAGCAAAAUUGGUUGGAAAGGGAUAAUAAAUUAUUUUCAAGUAUUGAA